AUGGCCACUGCGACCACGUUUCGCGCGGCUCGCAGGCCUUACGACCGUGAGGUGCAGGAGCGGCAGCCGCGGCAGACCACACGCUUCGUCGGCCGCGUUCAGUACGACGGCACAGAGUAUGUCGGGUGGCAGACACAGCCGAGCGGCCGCGGCGUCCAGGACGUCCUCGAGGCGCGCCUCUCGUCGCUGCUCGGCGGCCGCGUCUACGUCGCCGGCAGUGGCCGCACGGACAAGGGCGUGCACGCGCGGGACCAGGUCUUCCACUUCGAGACCCCUGCCCAGGAGAGUGGCGGCGAGGGCGGCGAGGGCGGCGAGGGCGGCAAGGGUGGCGAGGGCGGCGGCACGAGAGUGGCGCACGUCCAACUGGCCGCCGCGCUCUCCGCAGCAGACGACGCGGCGGCGGGCUUCCACGCGCGCGACUCGUGCGUCGGCAAGCGGCGCGGCUGCACCGCGGAGGAGGGCAGGCCUGUCCAGGACACGUACGUCUACACGGUUGAGGAGGGGAUCGGGUCGCCCUUCGGCGCGCGGUACCGGCACGACUUUUCCGCCUUUGGCGUCCGGCGGCCAGACGACCCGCGGCCGCCCACAAAGGUCCGACGGCUCCCCGCGGAACGCGACAAGGACGACGGCGGCGACGGCGGCGGAGGCGUCGUGAUCAUCACCGCAGAGAGCGACCGCUUCCUGUACAACAUGAUGCGGCUGCUGAGCGGCACGCUCGUUGGGCUGGGCAAGCUGAGCGUCGCUGGCGUCGGAGAGCUGUUGGCGGAGAGGGGGCGCAAGGGCCGUCACGGCUCGCUUGUCGUCAAGGCUCCGCCGCAUGGCUUGUGCCUCGAGCGCUGCUUCCUCGACUACGAGCACGGUGCGUGGCCAGGCGGCGGCGCGAGAGGGGCGCCGGUAGAGGAUGACUGA